AUGAGUGGAAAAAUAUUACAUAUUAAUCAACGAUAUGACACAUCAUCUCGUAUUCAUAUCAUUGUAUUAUAUUUAUUAAUCGCUAGUUUAACCACAGCAUGGAGCAUCUAUUUUAUCUAUUUUUCUCGUACAGUGCAAAAUCAUAUUGAUACAUUAAAUGACGAAAUAAAACUAACCAAACAACGAUUAGCAAUGAUCGAUCAAUCGCAAAUUAGUAUUACCUCGUUUGACGGACUAAGGAGACAAUCGCGACAAGCAGCAACUGCCAGGGGAGGAAAUAAACCAUCAGAUUUACUAGUAGGAUCAAUACAUUUCAAAGUACCGCCAGUAGCCAUGACCACAUUUUGUACAAAAUCCAUUGAUCAUUCUUUCCGAGGACCCAAAGGAGACAGAGGUGAAAUUGGACCUCGUGGCCCUCCAGGUCUACCCGGUUUUUCCAUAAAAGGUGAGCCUGGAUCUCCAGGCUUUCCAGGUUUAAGGGGUCAGAAAGGUGAUCGAGGUGAAUCUGUUCCAGGUAUGCCAGGCAUGCAGGGUCCGGCAGGACCGCCUGGCUUGACUGGUCCUCCUGGUAUGACGGGCCCACCAGGUGUAUGUUCAUGCUCGCCUUUUGAGAAGGUUUAUGGUUCACGUGCGUCCUCUGACGCCACAAUAUCUAAAAAUGGAAAGCAUGCUGUGUUGAGUCGUGCUCAACGAUGUGUAUUUUCGUUUAUUGGUACACCAGUGCUACUAAAACAAGACAAUUAUACGUUUGGUGCUUGGAUGAAAGAUCCGAUGCCGAAAACAUCAGAUGGUGCUCAUAAAGUCUAUGUCACUCGACAUGUCACUGGUACAUUACUGUAUGAAUACAGUAACGAAAUGAACUUGAUCAAUGAUAAGCCGACACGUAUUAUUCAAUUACCUUAUCCUUAUUCAGGUGUAAAUCAUGUCGUUUAUCAAGGCAGUUUUAUCUAUAAUGUUGAAUAUAAAAAUAGAAUCAUUCGUAUUGAUCUUGUGUCGGAAACAGAGGCACAAAGUGUGAUAAUACCAGCUCAUCGUGAACCGUUGUAUAAUACACCACAAUCAAGUUGGUAUGACUUUUCAAUUGAUGAAAACGGACUAUGGUUAUUAUAUCGAGAAUCAAUAACAAAAAAUUUCAUUGCGGCUAAAAUUAAUCCCGAUACACUCGAUACUCAAAAAACUUGGCAACUGCCAUAUAAUCCACAAAGUCUUAGUCAAGGUUUUAUUGCUUUUGGUGUCUUUUACGGUGUACAACAUUAUAAUAAACAACAAUCUCAUAUUGAUACGGUCUAUGAUAUUUAUAGUAAUCUAUCGUUUACAACGACUAAAAUUAUUUUUGCAGUACCAUUUCAAUAUCUUGUACAACUAACAUAUAAUCCAUAUGAAGGAAAACUCUAUGCAUGGGAUAACAAACAUCUACUCUACUAUGUCUAUAAUGUUCAAAGAGACAAAGCAUACAAAUGUUAA